AUGCAUUCGGGCCCACGCAUCGUGAACGUGUGGGAUGAAGUGGAAGCGAUCCACAACUUGGACGAUAUGGAGUCGCCACCACCUUCCUUUUCUAGUGUUGUGGCCUCUGCGGCUCCACCUGUUCCGUCGAGUCCACCUCCAGCCUUUGUUAGUGAUCCCGAGUCGUCGUCUGACAGUGAGCAAGAGAGUGUUGCUGUGAUCGACCCUGCCCGCUUGCGUGAACAGGAUGCAUGGGAACGGGAUCGAUUGUUUGGAUACUCGUUGGAAGAGCGCGUAGAGCGUAUGCAGCGUCGUCAAGCGCAAAUAUCCCAGGAGGUACGGCCUAGCAUCGUAUCCUUGCCUCGUGCGAAAGGGCCGACCGGUCCACUUCAACUCACGCCAGCGCCUCCCAUCCUUGUGGAUCCUGGCCCACAGGCCGAAGACAUACAGGUUGCGCUAUUGGCACCGCUGCCAGUGGAGGACACGGCGCCUGUCAUGACGUCAGCCCAGGACACCACGCCACCUCCGAGCCAGGCGGAGGAAGUCGACCGGCCAAUCUCUCAUCCUCCUGCGAGCGAACAAGUCUCCUCGACCUCCGCCGAUCGCGAAGACGCACUGCCAAAAACGACACCCUCACGGUCGACCUCAUUGCAGCCGCAAUGGGGUCGGACGGACUGGUCGCCUCGUUCCCCGUCUGUCAUUCUGCACGAAGUCAAAGCACCUGCGCCUCUCUCUGGCACGAGCCCUAUACCGACGCACCCCAGUCACAAUGAAUCCAGCUCAAGUGGCGAAGAGGAAGUGUACGAAGAUGAAGAAGAUUCCGAGGAGGAAUGGCGGACAGAGCAUGAUGCCAUACAAGCUUUGUACCGCUACGAGGCAGAAAUGCGGCGCAUGCUGCCCACAACGACAACAACAACGACAUCGGCAACAACGGCCCCUCCCUUACCUGCGCCGCAUCUACCUCGCCGCGUCCCGCCACUCCCGCCGUCGACGACCACAACAGAGAGCAGUGCGACCGACUCGAGUUCGUGUAGCUCAUUGGCCUCUUCGCCAGAGCCUGAUGAGCCUCCUCACGAGGAUAACCGGACGACAUCGCGACCUCUGCCGCCCCCGCCGCCCUCGCGUGUGUCGUUAAUUCGCACUGCUUAUGAUCAGCUGCAUGCAUGGCAGGCGCACAAUGAAGAGACGCCUGCCCAAGUGGAGGAUAUUGCGUCGUUGGUCGAGUACGUGGCACGCUAUGAGCCGCCGACGGAUGGAUCGAACCAAAUGACAUCGUCCAUGAGUCACUUUGGCGGCGCGUUCACCAACCCUCGUUCAUCAGUCGCACCGUGGCCCAGCCAGACACGCUUACCACCGAUCACGGCAGAAACGCGCCAUUUCCCACGCACACCCGUUCGGGGGAGCACAGAGGACGCAGCGCCUGAGCCCGCAUCACAGCGUCGUCGUCCCCCACCACCACCACCGCCCUCGCGGAACCCACGUCGGCCGCUGCCGCCGCCGCCGCCUCGCGAAGGAGGAGCAAGAGUGCCACACACAGAUCAGCCUCCACCACCACCUCAGCCUCCUGCACGUACGUCACAGACUAUGCCAAGCGCCAUGCCUUUGCCGGAAGUCCCCAGCGACGGGACGCCUACCGAGGAGACGCCCAGCGAACAGGAAGUGGUUCCGACGACGACAGUCGACGAAGCUGCUGCCACAGAGAUGCCGAUGGUGCCUACCGUCAAUGGGACGUUUACUGAUCUCGACUUUGCUAUUGCACACUUGGAUCAUCCGACCAUGCAGUACGAAUGGGCGUCACUGAUCAGCGAAUUUUUGGGUCCGGCCCGGGCGCAUGCGCAUCUGUCCAGCGAAGAGCUGCAAAACAUCUCGCUGGGUCGCGUCGAAUUGGACCGACGCCGUGUGACCUCCGCAGGCCAAGUCCGCAUCCGCAUGAGUGUCGCUGGCCUGCGGGUCGAUCGAUGUGGCAUUUGUCUGCAUCAAUUUCGCCCAGGGCAACGUGCAUGUAUCUUCCCAUGCCUGCAUAUCUUCCAUGACGAAUGCACACUGCAGGCACUACGUCACUCCCGUCUGUGCCCCAUUUGCAGACACGAUGUGGCAUUGGAGCCAGCCAUUCCCUCUACAUAG